CGCGAGCUGACUUUACGCCCUUUUGUGUGUAGUUUUAAUUAUUUCAGUGGUCUUCGAUAAAGCAUGAUGGAGGCAGACUUGCUCGUUGUUGGGGCUGGCCUCUACGGCAUCACGUCCGCCGUGACGUAUCACCGCCUGCACCCCACGGCACGCAUCCUCGUCGCCGAAGCCGCGUCUUCGAUUGGUGGGCCAUGGGCACCACAUCGGAUCUUCCCAGGACUCAAGACCAACAACCUAUGGGGCACAUAUCAGAACCCCGACUUCCCAAUGGAUGAAGCGAAGUUUGGCGUCAAGAAAGGCGAGCAUGUGCCAGCUGAGAAAAUGACAGAGUACCUGCGCGCUUUCGCCAAAGAGAAUGGGAUUUCGGAUUGUGUGCGACUCAACACGAAGGUAGAAGUCGUGGAGCAGGUUGAAGGAGGUUGGAAGUUGCACUGCCGAUCUACUGCUGCAGAUGCAGAUCUUGAUGCAAAGCCAUUUACGAUCAGCACGGCGAAAUUGAUUCUUUCGACUGGCCUCACCAAUGAGCCGUUUAUGCCCCGAUAUCCGACCUCACCGAGCUUCACACCUACGGUUAUCCACUCCAACGAUUUCCCAGCCCACUUCUCCGACAUCGUUAAGCCAGGCACGCAUACCCUCGUCAUCGGCGGCGGCAAAUCUGCGUGGGAUAUUGCCUAUGCAUGCGCUACUCAACCCUCUUCAUCCGCCACGAUGCUCAUUCGCCCAUCAGGCAACGGGCCGGUUUGGAUGUCUCCAUCUCACGUUACGCCGCUGGGUCUGUGGCUCGAGAAGUUGGUGUUCACGCGCUUCUUUGGACUCAUGUCGCCUUGUCCCUGGGCAGAAUCCUCCGGCUUUGAGGGCUGGAUGAGAUGGUUUUUCCACGGUACCUGGUUGGGACGCAAAGUCAUGAGCGCAUUUUGGGGAAUUCUAAGCGAUGAUGUGAUCCAGCUGAAUAAGUUGAACGAGCAUCCCGAGAUGAAGAAGCUGAGGCCUUGGAGGGACGCUUUUGAAGUCGGAAACGCACUCAGUAUCCUGAACUAUCCGACGAAUUUCUUCGACUUGGUCAGAGACGGAAAGAUCAAGAUCGUAGUGGACGAAGUAGAUAAGUUAGGCGAAGGCAAAGAGAUCCUUUUGAAGAAAGGGCAAAAGUUGGAGGCCGAUGCCGUGGUCUGCGCAACUGGAUGGCAGCUCGGAGGAAGCCUGAAGUUCAAACCCGAAGGACUGGAGGAAGAGCUUGGUCUGCCGACGAAACGACAUCCAGAUAUCGACGAUAUCGCGCUCGUCAAGAAAGCCGAGAACGAGCUGUAUAAUCGCUAUCCCUUCCUCAAGACACGCGACACGAGCAGGGUACAUCACCCCGAUCCCGACCUUCGCCAUACGCCAACCGCAGACCCGAAUCAGCAGCCAUAUCGCCUCUACCGCUUUCUCGUUCCUCCAUCCGAUCUCGAACGGCGCUCUAUCGGCUUCGCGGGCGCACUGAUGUCGCUCGGAAAUGCGUCAUGCGCGUAUCUGCAAUCUCUCUGGCUGGCAGCCUACUUCGACGGCACACUUCCACUUCCUACUACUUCGCUAGACCAGCUGAAGUACGAAACAUAUCGCGACACGCAGUACUGCGCCGUGCGGAAUGCGAUGGGAUAUGGGAACAAGUUCCCUGAUCUGGUAUUCGAUUCACUGCCUUAUUUUGAUGCACUGAUGCGGGACCUGGGGUUUGAGGGGAAGAGAAAGGGGAAGCUGUUGGGGAUGAGGAAUUGGGGUGCGGAGUGCUUUAAGAGCUAUGGACCGGAGGAUUAUACUGGGUUGGUGGAGGAGUGGGAGGAGAGGAUGGGGGAUAGAGCGGAGUGGAAGAAGAACGUCUGAAUCUUAGAUGUGAGUGGGCGUCAUGAUCUGUUGAAGCGCUGAAUGACAUGGGUUUCGGAAGCGUUUGUAAUACUGUUCCUCCAUUCUACAACUCCCAUGAUGCUUCCAAUUUUGUCGGCUGAAUAUACUACGGAAGUAACCUAGCAGCCUUUUCCUGGUUUUCGUCGAAGUAGAUGCAGUCCUAUGG